CAUCAAAGAGGAGCUGAUCUCAUGAACAAUGACAGAUUUUAGAGACUUUAUAAUGAAGGCGGCUCCCAGGACUGCCUCCAGCCAGCAGGUGGUGCUGCUGGGCCUGCCAUCAUCAUCCUCAUCCUCACCGUCAGGACGGACAGACAUGCUCACUGAAAUAGGUUCAACUUAGACAGAAAGAGGAAGAAGAGAAGGAGGAAGGAAGACAGACAGAAGCGGAGACAGAGGGAGAGACAGAGCAGCAGUGCAAAGAGUAAGAGAGUAGAAAACUGAAAUACUUAAGAGAGACAGGAAGAAAAGUGAGAGCUGAAAGACAUGAGGCCAAAACUGUCUCUCUGCUGACACUGCCAGCUGUCUGUCCUUCUGCAGACAUGUCCUCCCGGCCAGAGAAUAAGACAGCUUCUCAGUUUGUGUCUCUGACACUGAAGCUGAAGGAUAAACUCCACUCUCAGAAGAUCAGACGCUCCGAGCGAAUCAAACACACCCCGACGUCGAGACUCAAACCAGCUGAUCUGAACCUGCAGGAACACACACAGGACAAGUCCACAUGUGUGUUAGCGGACCAGCAGCGGGCCGUCAUCAGCUCUCUGCAGUAUUUCAAAGCUCUGGUGGACAGACUGGGAGUGGACAAAUUAGUCCUGAACCAGUUUGUUGUGGGUGGACUGUUGGGUGGGGCAUCCAGCAGAGUCCUGGAGGCGGUCCAGAAUUUGGUCCAGCUGGAGCCUUACCUGCACAGCAGUAAGACUGUCUCCUCCUGCCUCACUCGUCUCUAUCAGUCUGUGGCCCAGCUGAUUCGCUGGGUAGAUCAGGUGAUGCUUCAAGGUGUGACCCAUGACAACAAGGAGUCCACAGCAAGCGUUACCGUGGUGAUCAGGGCUGUGCUGGACGGAGUGAAGGAACUGGUUCGAUUGGCUGCGGAGAGACAAGAUGGCCCUGUCCCCUUAUCUCCAGUACAGUCGCAGUCUGCUGUGGGACAGCCAGAUGGAUUUAUUGACCAGCAGACAUCAGACAGAAUCCCUACCUGCCAGAAUCCAGAGGAAAAGGACAAUGAGGAGGGGCAGGAUGAGGAGGAGGUGAGGAUGGAAAAACGGAGGGAGGACCAGACAGUUUUGGCUCCUCCUAAACCCCCAAUUCCCUUCCCAGAGGCCGUCCUCCACGUGUCCCCCUCUCAUGGACUGAGUCCCCCAGCACUCCCGCCUAAGAAACGUCAGUCAGCAGGCCCCACCUCCUGCAGGGUUGCCAUAGUAGCACCAAUGAGACGAGAGCCUGCAGAGGACAGACAGGUUCAACAGUUACAGGAGGAUGACUGUUUGAGGCUUUGCACUCCGUCUGCAGACUCUGCUGACAAGGCACACUGUGAAGAGGAUCCAGACUAUGACUUCCUCCACACUGACCUGUCCUCCUCUGACUCACUCCCUCCUCUUCCUCACCCUUCCUCACUCCCCCCUGCUCUGCCAGAGAAGAGACGCCGCAGUGCUGCAGGCGAAGCCAACUCUGAGGCCUCCCCUUCGUUUGGGUUUGACUCCACCCCUCAGGAAAAGAGCCACACCCACUGCAAUGACGUCACCGGUCCUGAUGAGUUGCUGUCCUCCCCUCUGUCCCCCAGCAAGACGCCCCCUCCCCUCCCUGAGAAGAAACGACACAUCCAGCAGUACCUGCAGUUCUGUUCUUCGUACAGUGUUCAGUCAGCAGCCGUGUUCUACCAGCGGCCUUUGACCUCUAGUCAGCGACACAACAGCAGGCAGAGGGAGAUCGAGACCAACUAUCAGCUUGCACAUACACACCUUGACGCAGACCUGGACACACAGCCAGACUCAGCUGUUCCAGUCCUGCCACCAAAGAAGAGACAACAGGAUUCAGCUGAAACUGACAGUCAGUAUGAAGAGAAACAGAGCACAGACAGCUCUCAGAGUGUCCAGCGGGGGGCAGAGCCCGGCCAGAGGAGCGUGGAGCAGCAGAAAGAGAAGGAGCAGCAGGAGGACCAGGACGAGGUGUUACUGACUGAUCAGCAGGAGAUCCUCCACAGACUCUUGAUGAAAGCUGAGGACGAGGACGGGCCAGACAUUAAGGCAGCCUCUCCUGAGAUCCUAUUGGUCUAUGCCACAGAGGCUGACAGCAGCAGUGAUCAGGACCUGUACCGUGAAGCCUUCCUGUCCACCUACAGGAGCUUCAUCAGCCCGAAUGAUGUCAUCAGUAAACUCCAGCUCAGAUACAGACACCUGUGUGAGGGACGUGAAACUGCAGACCACGCAGCUGCCAAGAAGACUUUUCACCUGCUUGUCACUGUGGUCGACGAGCUAUGUGCGAUGGAAUUGGACUCUGAUUUGCUGCUGCUGCUGAUGGAUCUGGUGUUCAGCCUCCUCACUGGUGGAGAGCUGGGACUGGCUCGCAUGCUACGCUCCAAUAUCCUGUCCAAGAUGGAGCAAAGGUGGCAGCUGAUUGGCUCUCCUCAGGCCCUCCGCCCACUCGCAGCCAGGGGCGUAGCUGCCAGACCAGGAACGCUUCUUGACUUCAGGAGUCUGGAUUUAGCUGAGCAGCUGACUCUGCUGGACUCUGAGCUCUUUUAUAAGAUUGAGCUUCCAGAGGUCUUGCUGUGGUCCAAAGAGCAGAAUGAGGAGAAGAGUCCUAACUUGACACAGUUCACCCAGCACUUCAACAACGUGUCCUUCUGGGUUCGUUCUGUCAUCAUGCUGCAGGACAAACCUCAGGACAGAGAAAAACUGCUGCUCAAGUUCCUGAAAACCAUGAAGCACCUGCGGAAGCUGAACAACUUUAACUCAUACCUGUCCAUCCUCUCAGCGCUAGACUCCGCCCCCCUGCGACGCCUGGAUUGGCAGAGAAGCACCUCUGAGGCUCUGGAGGAGUACAGCUCUUUGAUUGACAGCUCAUCGUCUUUCAGAGCCUACAGAGCAGCUCUGGCUGAAGUGGAACCUCCCUGUAUACCCUACCUGGGUUUGAUCCUUCAGGACUUGACCUUUGUCCACCUGGGGAAUCCUGACAUAUUAAUGACACCACAGGGUCCAAAGAUUAACUUCUCUAAACGCUGGCAGCAGUUUAACAUCUUGGAUACUCUGAGGAGCUACCAGCAAGUUCAUUACUCUCUGCAGCCUAAUGAAGACAUCAUAUCCUUCUUUAAUGACUUCAGUGAUCACCUGGCAGAGGAAGCAUUGUGGGAACUCUCUCUCAGGCUCCGCCCACGUAGUGCUCCACGAGCCAUUCAGAGAUGACAGGUUAAACCAAGACAAGAACAUGCAACAACCUAAACAGUCCCAGACAUUCUUACAAACAGAUUAGCAAGAUGUUAGCUGAGGUUAACCAGGUGUUAACACUACUACCUGUAUUCCUAGUGGGUGUGGCUUCUUCCUGUGUCUGACCUUAUGUGUUCACAGCAAUAUUCCAAUAAAUCACUGUUCUCACCUGUC